AUGUAUAGACGUAACGAAAAUGGUGUCGCUGUGCUAAUGAAUGUGGCUCCUGUUGCUUCGCUUGGAGAAACAGGAGGCCAAGACCUUAACGUCGGAGCUGCCGAGUGGCUUAAGUCUUUGGAUGGAGUUGAUUGUGUUGCCUACGGUUUCAAGAUGGCGCUGAAGCCUUCAAAAUCUCGCGCCUUGCCAUACAAAGUGACGGCGUGGAGAAAAAGUUCUUAG